CAUGCUAUCGCACUUGCCUAGCAAUUACCUUUGCUUACACAUACAGAAUCUUUCACUUCUGGUCCUACAAAUCUUAUUAUAGCUUCCUUUUCCCUCGGUCACAAUACCAUCCCUCAUGGCUGCUAAAGUCAUCUCAAGCGGGUAUCGGUACACUACUUUGCCCGAGGGCUAUGUCCGCCCGGUCAAUGAUAGACCUAACCUAUCUCAAGUCUCCGAAUGCAACGAUGUUCCAGUUAUCGACUUUGGUGGUAGUGAUAAAAGCCGCAUAAAUAAACAAAUCGGUGAUGCUUGUCGUAAUUAUGGCUUUUUCCAGGUGAUAAAUCAUGGUGUGCCAAAUGAAAUAGUGGAGAAAAUGCAACAAGUAGGCCGAGAAUUCUUCGAGCUACCAGUCGAAGAGAAAAUGAAAUUGUACUCCGAGGAUCCGACAAAGACGAUGAGGUUAUCGACUAGCUUCAAUAUUCAAAAAGAACAAGUUCAUAACUGGAGAGACUUUCUAAGGCUUCAUUGUUAUCCUUUGGAUCAAUACACCCCAGAAUGGCCUUCCAAUCCUUCCCAUUUCAAGGAACAUGUUGGAAGUUAUUGUAUUGCAGUUCGAGACUUGGGAAUGAGAAUAUUGGAAUCGAUAUCAGAAAGUUUAGGUUUAGAUAAAGAAUGUAUAAAAACAAUAUUAGGGGACCAAGGCCAACACAUGGCCAUAAACCACUAUCCAGUGUGCCCUGAACCCGAGCUAACCUAUGGGUUGCCCGGUCAUACAGAUCCUAACGCGCUCACCAUCCUCCUUCAAGACACGCUUGUAUCCGGUCUUCAAGUCCUUAAGGAUGGCAAGUGGUUAGCUGUUAAGCCACACCCGAAUGCAUUUGUGAUCAACAUUGGUGACCAACUAGAGGCGGUUAGUAAUGGUGAAUACAAGAGCGUGUGGCACCGUGCUGUGGUGAAUGCGGAGAAACCAAGAAUGUCAAUUGCGUCAUUUUUAUGUCCUUGUAACGAUUCCAUUAUUAGUGCUCCAAAAGAGCUAAUACAAGAUGGAAGAACACCUGUUUUCAAAAACUUUACUUAUCCAGAGUACUACAAGAAGUUUUGGAGUAGAGAUCUUGACCAAGAAAAUUGCUUAGAGUUCUUCAAGAGCUAGCUAUAUAUCUUCUCCACCCCAUCCAUUUUUCCGAAUAGCUUGAUCAUUACUGCUAGUUCUGUUAAUUAUUAUGAUCUAAGUUACUUAGUAGGGUUCAAUAAUUUAUAAUGUGAACGACUUUACACAACUCAUGUGUAGUAUUUGUAAUGAACUUUUAUAUCAAAAUGACAACCAAAUAAGUUGGCACCUCCAA